AUUGAAUCAUGUUAUCUGAUCGUUGCGUAUUAUUUCCAUAUUCUAUUGUCUACUAUGAUUAUUUCCCCACACAUUAUUUUUUUUUAAUUUACAUUGUGUUAUCAAUUAUCACUAUAUAAUUUAAUAUUUAUGCUGUAGUAGGUGUUUAUACUUUAUUUUUAUUUUGUAUUAAAAUAGUAAAUUGGUCUGGUGUAACAGCGAAUUAAUUACUGAAAUAUAAUAGUAUAUUUAUUCAAAUUUAUGAUGAAUGUACAGCUAGUGAUUUUGGUUGAUGAAUUUAACCAGGUAAGGUCAAUUUGGAACAAGCUAAUUUUUCACUCCAUAUUUUCUUCUUUUGUUUUUGAAUCAACGUGAAUAGAUAUACGUAAACAACGGUGACGUUAAAAUUCAACACCAAAACAUUAGUUUUUCAAAAUUAUUAAGUAAAAACGAUUUUCAGAAAUAAUUUGUUACAAAUUUAAAAAAUGUACCCUUCAUUUAUCCUAAAUACCUCCACAUACCUGCAUCGCAAUUCGAAAAUAAGGUCAUCAAUUGGAAACAAAAUGGACGAAUGUGUGUAAAACAAAAUAUAGUUUAACUUUAAAUACAUUCCUACAUCAAAAGUAACCAUAAUUAUAAAUUAUACCCUUAUCAAGUCAAUUACACAAUUUUUUAUUAGUAAUAGCUAAAUAAUAACAUUUAUAUUAUUUUCUUGUAGAUAUGACAUUCGGCAUAAUAUCAAUGAUAAAAUAUAGAAUUCAGCAUAGUAUAAAGAUUAAUAAUAAUACUAAGUAAACAAUUUUGUUUCCGUUAGUUCCCACUGCAUAGUUUUUUUUUUUUGUUAAUAGAGUUAAAUAUGUUAUUUUGUUUAAUGUUGGUUUUAUAUUAUUUAUAAUUAAUUAUUCAACAAUGUUUUAUAUUUGUAUACAUUCAGAUUAAUCUGUAGUAGUGAGUAACAAAAAUGAAACAUUUAUUGUAAGUAACAUAUUUAAAACUUAAUAUUUCAAUAUCUAUUAUUAUUGGACCUAUAGUUUUAAUUUGUUGAAAAAAAUGCAUGCACUUUUUAAAACUACAGUAGAAUCUGCCGAUAAAGUUGAUCAAAGAACCUAGACUCUAGAGAAUCCGACCAUUAUCUCCGGAUGUCAAAAACAUACUGCAUGUGAGAUUGUGAUAUAUAUAACCAAUCAAGUACAUGGCUGUGAAUUGUUUUAUGUGGAACAUAUUUAUAUAUUGCAUCGUAAUAAGCAGAUUCUACUGUAUAUUUUUGAAAUUAAAUUUUACUUUUCUUUAUUCUAGUUUUAACAUUUUAUUUGAUAAGAAAAUGGUGUAUUUUUUAUUUUAUUUUUUGAUAAAAUUAGCUUAGCUAAUUAAAAGUUUGUUGUUUUACACUUAAUGUUAUAUGGACAUCUAAUAAAUGUUGUACCUAUUACAUUCAGUCAUUGUAAUAUAUUAUCCAUUUUAUUAGUUACAUAAUAAGUUGACUUCCUUGAGUAUCAUAAUAUGUGAUACACUCAAAACUUUCCACUAUUGCCCUUAAUAUUUUACCCGUACUUGCCAAUUUCGUCUUGAGUAUCAUAUAUGAUACUCAACAUUUUUUAAGAUUAUUUUUUAUAUCUUAGGAAAUUUCUCACGCCAGAAACAAUUAACAAAAAACUGAAUAUCAUAUAUGAUACUAAGCCCAGUUUUGUCGUUUUCUGAGUGCACAUAAUAUAAUAAUGAUACUCAAGGUGUUUGUGGUAAGAUCAGUGAAAUUGGUAGUGCAGUCAACUUGAUAAGUGUUUAUAUGCAUGUGUGUGUGCUUGUUAUGUGUUAUUUACCUAUUGUUUUUAACCUUUGUUUUAUCUAUUUUACUACCUUAGUCAAUUAAAUUACUACUAUAUUUUGGGAAAUUUGUAUACAUUCAAAAAAAAAUUCUCUUAUAUCAGAAACUGCAAAACAAAUGAAGAACAUUAACUAACUCAAAUACUCUUAUUCUUUUAUUAGAUGAUUUGAACUAUUUUAAUAGGUAUUUUUAGAAAAGGUAUUACAUGUCUUACUAUUUAUAACUUAUGUACCUACAGUAAACUCUUGAUUAUCUGUUGUCUUCCGUGGAACUAUAUCUACAGCAAAAUGAAUAGUGUUAAUAUAUAUGUUAUAUGCAUCUUAAAUUAAUAUUUAAAUUAAAAUACAACGUGUACAUAACUAAUUUUCUUGAAAUACUAUUUAAUAUUAAAUAAUAUCAUUUUUUUUUUUUAAUAAUAUAACAAUAACAUUUUUGUGUUAAUUUAUAUUUUGUGGAUUAACCAUGGAAUUUGCUCAUUUGUGGUUGCCUUGCUACUCUAUUCCGUGGAUAAUCAAGAGCUUACUGUAUAUUUGUUAUUUGUAAAUAAAAUAAUAAAAUAUUUGGUAAUAUUAUGUUUCAGAAGAGUUAAAAGUGGACACCUAUAACAUUUUUGAAACCCAACGUUAAUAGUAUAAUGUAAAUAAUUUUGAAUUAAAAUAUUUUGUACUUGAAAAUUUUCUUUACUACAUCAUGGCUACUGUUGAAGAAAUUGAUGAAGCUGAACAACUUAGAUUCUUAGCAUUAAAAUCUAUGGUGAGAAGGUCCAGCAAAAAAACUAGUUCUAACACUGAUACUGAUGAUCAAGAUAUAUUGUUAUUAAGAGCAGCUGCGCUUAAGACAAUUAACAAUAAAAGUUCUCUAGGUAAUAAAGACGAAAAGCUUGGUAAAAAUACAUUAAUAAAUGAAAAAAAAAGAAGUAUAAGUAGCCAGGUGUCUCCAUUAGCAAGUAAAAAAACCAUCAAACUGACUGAUAAGAAAAAUAAUAAUUUGGUUAACAAUUUUACCAACAAUAUUAGUAUAGGAAAUACCAUAAGAGUUUCGAAACAUGAUCCUCAACAAGAAUGUAAAAGUAAGCAUAAGCUUGAAUCAAACAUUGAAUCCCAAAGUAAUCCUGAAGUUAUCAAUAAAGAUGAUAUAAAAAAAGUUAUAAGAAAUGGUAGUAUUCAGCUUUCAAAUUUGGAUUCAGAAAAAUUUAAUGAAACUAUGAUAUUACGUAUAACGUUUAGUUCAUCAGAAAGUGAUGAUUCAUCAAGUGAAUGUGAUGUAGUUAAAAAUAAGGUAAUAACGCAGAAGAAGGAUAUUAACAAUGGUGCAUUAAAAUCACCAGUUCCAAUAAUAAAUGUUGUAGAUAACCAUGUUGAGGCUACUGACGCUAAAUCAUUAGAAGAUAAUAAAUUAAAAGUGAAUAAUUGUAUGCAACAAAUAUGUGUACUUAUGAGACAUUGUGAAUCAGAAAUUGAAAAACGUAACCAACAAGUAGAAAUAUUACUACAAGCAUAUGAAAAAUAUCAAAACUAUAGUGAGUCAUUGCGUUCUAUACUUCGGUCAAUGAAAACAGUUCGUGAUGAAUUGUCGUUAUAUAGCUCUGCUGACCAUUAGUAUCAUUGAAGCCCAAGUUCAAAAUCUUACUAACUAAAAAUUAUUUUAUGGUUAUUAUUUGUAUUUGUUUUUAUUGGGUAUGUAUCUUAAAAUAUACUACUUGUUUUUAUCCAAUUAUAUACAAAUUCUGUAUGGCUGGGUAUUGUGGUUAGCAAUAUAAUUGUCAUUGUAAAUAGCUAUUUUUAUUACAAUAAAUAAUGUAUAGAUUCCAAGUUAAAAAAUAUGUUAUUGUCAUUGCCAUAAUGCCAUAAGUGUAUAAUAUUUAGUGUAUCUUAUAAUGGUUAGGAUUUUGAAUAUUUUAAAUAUUGUAUAUAAUAUAUUAAAUAAAUAUUGAACUUGUAAUAUAUCGAUGACCAUUGUUUGUGAAUAAAUUAACAUUAGUCAAAUUAUUUUACACUUUAUAAAUGUUUUUUUAAUUCAUUAAAUGGUAACUGAAAAACUAACAAAUUUAGAAAAAAAUUAACCAGUAUACCAUAUUACCAAUUUUUAAAUCAUAGAAAAAUACUAUAACAAUUUAUAAUAAUUACCUAAACCAUUUAGAAUACU